UAGACAUUCUUGUUGCAUUUAUUACUAAAAUAAAAAUGAAAGAUAGUUUAACUUAAGUUUUGGACAUUAAAUGUAUUUUUAAAUAUUUACAUUAUCGUUUUAAAUUUAUUAAAUGUCAAACAAUGUGUGGUAUAUAUGUUAUGUUUUAAAGAAAUAUUAUAGCUUAGAAGUUCUAAUGUUUUCUAACUCUAUCAUACAGUGUUCGUGUUUGAUACCGCGAAUUUGUAACUUAUUUGAAUUUCAUUUAUAAGUGAUUACCUAAUUAAUAAUUGUAAAUUAAUAAUGGAGGAUAUAAAAGUAUGCAGAAUAUGUCUUUUAAUGGAUGUAAAAAUGUAUAAUUUACAAUCCUACUCAUUGGAAACUUAUUACGAAGUUUUAGUAGGUAGUAAUACUGAAAUUGUAGAUCUGCCAAAAUAUAUAUGCUAUGAAUGUACUGCACAAUUAAAAAAGUUUUAUUUAUUUCGGGAGAGAUGUUUGCGAGGGCAAGCGACAUUAAUAGGCUUAUUGCACUCAUGUGAAAAGAUUACUAGUGUUGUUAUAAAGAACAUAGACAAAGAUGUAUUCCGUUUGUCUUCAAAUUUAGCAUUUAGCCAAGUAAAGUGCAUGAAUAUAACAUCUGAUCAAGAUAUAGUUAUAAAUAAUGAAAUUAAAACUGAACCAUUUGAAGUGGUUGAUGAUGGAGAUUAUUUUGAUGACAAAGAUAACAUUAAGAGGGAAAACAGCUGUGAUGAUCUAUCUUUACUAUCAAGUGUUGAUAAAGGAUUAUCAAGUGAUGAUGAUGAACCACUGUCUUUGCAUAAAGAGAAAAAAAAAGAAAUGAAAAGAAGAAAAAAACAUGACAUAGAAAAAGCAAUUAAAAUUGAUACGGACAAUGUGUCAGAAAAAUCAGAGUCAGAAACAACCAACCCUAGUAAAGUAUCUCAAGAUAGUGUUAUGAUUGAAGUCAAACCAAAGCGUGGGAGACCCAGGAAGACCGAACAAAAAACUUUCAAAAUAAGAACAACAGCAACCAAGCAACGCCGCACCAACAACACUGGAGGUGUUGUUGAAGAGGACUUUGAUCUGGAGAACUAUUGUGAUAUUAUUACAUUAACGGUAGAACAACAGAAGGAGGAGAUCAAACAGCGUCAGAGCUCUUCGAAUUAUCUGAACGCGAUAUUCCAGUGCAAGUUGUGCUUCAAGGGUUUCAUCGACGCGCAGGCGUGGAAGCACCACGUCAGCAAACAUGAGCCGAGUGCAGGCGACUUGGAGUGCCAGAUCUGCAAGUUCAGAUUCAAAACGAAGCGAAUACUCCAGAAGCACAGUUCGAAUCACGAGAAGAAAUAUGCAUGCAAGUCUUGUACGUACGUCUCUAAAUCUGGGACUCAAGCAAGACAACAUCAGAUGUGGCAUAAAGGUGUCACGUACAAAUGCCAACACUGCGAUGAAGUAUUGACUAAAUGGACGUCGUACUUGUCGCACGUGCGCAUGAAGCACCCGUCGGAGUUCAUCUGCGGGGUGUGCGGGUACUCCUUCGUCAGCAAGCUGGGCCUCGCCAUGCACAAGACCAUGAUGCACAAGGCCACUGUCGAAAAAGAAAAAACGAAGGAUGAAAAGGACGACAUGCCGUACUGCCCGCAGUGCGACGUGAAGUUCGUGUCGAUGGAGGCGUACAAGCGACAUAUGGUCACGUCGGUCAAGCACACGCAGAGCACUGACUUCAACUCGGGCUGUCGCGUGUGCGGCGAGUCGUUCCCGGACGCGGAGGCGCUGCGCGUGCACCACCGGCGGCAGCACGCGCGAGCGCGCCCGCGCAACUACGGCAAGGGCCGGCCCGCGCGCGCGCACUGGCCGGCGCGCUGCGACCACUGCUCGGAGGAGAUCCCGAACGCGCGCGAGUACUGGAACCACUUUCGACGCGUUCAUCCCGACAAGAACUAUCCCGUCCAAAAGGAUUACAUUUGUGACAUCUGCGGAAAAGGCUUUCGGGGUAAUGCAUUCCUUGUGUACCACAAGAGGACCCACUUCGAAGAGCGAGCGUUUAAGUGUCCCCAGUGCCCAAAGGCAUUCUUCAACCGGACAAACUUACAAAUGCACGAAAAGACGCAUUCGGAGCAUCGUCCGCACCCGUGCUCCAUGUGUUCGAAGGCUUUCAAGAUGAAAGGUGCAUUGGACAGGCAUUUCAGGAGCCACACGGGGGUGAAGCCAUACGCGUGCGAAGUGUGCGGGAAAGCGUUCGCGCAGUCCAACAGCCGCAAGCUGCACGUGCGCACCGUGCACCUCAAGCAGCCGUCGCCCUACGUCAGCCGCUCGCGACUCGAGCGCCGCCACAAGCCGCGCGACCAGCCCGCCGCGCAGUUCCUCUACUAGAGCACCACUCGCCUGCUCGCAAGGGACUCGGGGGAUUUUUGAGGAUUCACGAACUGAACUAUUUUGAACGAAGAUAAUACUCUGGGUGUAAUAGAAAAACUUAAUUAAAGUGAUUAUUUGAGACGCAUAAGCAACUCAACGAAUGAGAUAAAAGUUUUCUACUAGGAGAAUAAAUUGAUUUCGAUAAACCUUCCGAGAACUGCGGUUUAGGUUUCCGAUUAAAUUGCUCCGAUUCUUAAAUAAUAAUAAAAAAAAACGACAACAUUAAAAUAUAUUAUACAUAAUAGUACAUUACUAGUCAAUAGGUACAUAAUUAUAUUUUCCGAAAUGAAAUGUUACAAAUUAUAUACUUUUAUUUUAUAACAAAUAAAGAAAUCAUGCACAAAGAUGAAGGAAAACGCAAAAUGUAGAUAGCUAAUAAGUUCUAACAAUAAGAUUUUGAUGAUGAUGCUGUCCUGACGGAUGUCGGCACGGCGGCUCAUCUCAAGAGAGAUUAGCUAACUGGGCACACAUAUUGUACAGAGUGUGCGCAAACACAGGUGCACUCUCACACUCAUGAUACAAUAAGACGAUAAUCCGACAGUAUCAGUAGAAGUCAGGUGUGUCCUACACUACAAGGGAUGUCCAAUUACAUGUUUCCCAAAGUAUGGAAGUGUCACGGUAGUAUGCGCAAGCGAUCCCGUGACGUCCCCUGACAAGACGGAGUGGGAACCGCUGGUUUUUUAGUGGGUAUUCCGGCGCCUUCAGCGCCGGCGAGUCCCACAUACCCCCCCAUUUAUCCCCCAAGUAUUUCCCCCACCUCAUGUGGGGGAAACACAUAAACGUAUUUUUCCAGCGAGAAAAAAAAAGGUAUGGAAAUGUACACACUUCCAGACUCCGGGCAGCUACUGAGAAUUGUCGACGGAACAAUUCAAUAUCUUUUUAAUGGAUUCUUCUGUCCCGACCUGAGUGCUAUCAGUCUAGUGGCUAGAUACAAGACAGCAUCCCUGAUCCCGAGGUCCUGGAUAUAGUAAGAAUUUAUAUAUUG